AGAAUGGAUCUGUGUGACGAUCACACGUCUCCAUAUGUGACUGCCUUGCUCGAAGUCCCCGGGAUGAAAGUGGACCAGCUCUCCGUUCGGAUCGAGAACGGCCGCCUCAUCAUCGAAGGAGAGCGACUUGGGCCGUCUCUCCAUACCAGCGCCCUCCCAUCACAACUUUCGGCCGCGGCAGACGAUGCGGCGCUCGCCGCCCUAUACCCUGUGCGCGAGCUCAAACAUGGCAAGUUCCGCCGCGAGAUCCAGAUACCCCCUGGCGUAACGGCCCUUCAUGUCACCAGCAUACUCGUCGAGGGCAUGUUGACUAUCCGGUGGCCCCGCAUGCCCACUCAAGUGGGCAAUCAGGCCCAACAACCGGCGAUACCCCUUACGCCGGUCCCGAAUACCGAGUACCCGCACGCCGGCGUGUAA